GGAUGCUUAUUAUAGACCGACGCGACACCAGCGCCCAGUGCCAGGUUCUCCGCUGAGGCUUUUCGGAGCGAGCUCCUCAAAUCGCAUCCACAGUAAGUGUCCCCGCCCCCCAGCAGCCCCAGCCUAGAUCCCAGGGACAGACUCUCCUCAACUCGGCUGUGACCCAGAAUGCUCCGAUACAGGAGGUCUGGAUCCCUCCUCUGCGGGCCAUUUCUCGAGAGCGACUUCGCUGUUCUGUCCUCCCCACACUCACCGCUGCAUCUCCCUCACCAAAAGCGAGAAGUCGGAGCGACAACAGCUCUUUCUGCCCAAGCCCCAGUCAGCUGUUUUCGGGUCCGAGGGAAGGAGGACGCUGCGACGACUAUCCUCCCCCGGGGCCAUGGACUCGGACGCCAGCCUGGUGUCCAGCCGCCCGUCGUCGCCAGAGCCCGAUGACCUUUUUCUGCCGGCCCGGAGUAAGGGCAGCAGCGGCAGCGCCUUCACUGGGGGCACCGUGUCCUCGUCCACCCCGAGCGACUGCCCGCCGGAGCUGAGCGCCGAGCUGCGCGGCGCUAUGGGUUCUGCGGGCGCGCAUCCUGCGGACAAGCUAGGAGGCAGUGGUUUCAAGUCAUCCUCCUCCAGCACCUCGUCGUCCACGUCGUCGGCGGCUGCGUCGUCCACCAAGAAGGACAAGAAGCAAAUGACAGAGCCGGAGCUGCAGCAGCUGCGUCUCAAGAUCAACAGCCGCGAGCGCAAGCGCAUGCACGACCUCAACAUCGCCAUGGACGGCCUGCGCGAGGUCAUGCCGUACGCGCACGGCCCUUCGGUGCGCAAGCUUUCCAAGAUCGCCACGCUGCUGCUGGCGCGCAACUACAUCCUCAUGCUCACCAACUCGCUGGAGGAGAUGAAGCGACUGGUGAGCGAGAUCUACGGGGGCCACCACGCUGGCUUCCACCCGUCGGCCUGCGGCGGCCUGGCGCACUCCGCGCCCCUGCCCGCCGCCACCGCGCACCCGGCAGCAGCAGCGCACGCCGCACAUCACCCCGCGGUGCACCACCCCAUCCUGCCGCCCGCCGCCGCAGCGGCUGCUGCAGCCGCUGCAGCCGCGGCAGUGUCCAGCGCCUCUCUGCCCGGAUCCGGGCUGCCGUCGGUCGGCUCCAUCCGUCCACCGCACGGCCUACUCAAGUCUCCGUCUGCUGCCGCCGCCGCCCCGCUCGGGGGCGGGGGCGGCGGCAGUGGGGCGAGCGGGGGCUUCCAGCACUGGGGCGGCAUGCCCUGCCCCUGCAGCAUGUGCCAGGUGCCGCCGCCGCACCACCACGUGUCGGCCAUGGGCGCCGGCAGCCUGCCGCGCCUCACCUCCGACGCCAAGUGAGCUGACCGGAGCCAGCGCGUUCUGGCGACAGGGGAGCCCGGGGCCGCCGGGAAGCGAGGACUGGCCUGCGCCGGGCUCGGGAGCUCUGUAGCGAGGAGGGGCGCAGGACCAUGGACUGGGGGUGGGGCAUGGUGGGGACUCCAGCAUCUGCGAACCCAAGCAGUUGGGGGCGCCCACAGAGCAGUGGGGAGUGAGGGGAUGUUCGCUCCGGGACCUGAUCGAGCGCUUUCUGGCUUUAACCUGCACUGGUCCAGCAGACAUCAUUUUAUGAAAAGGUACCGCUGCGUGUAUUCCUCACUAGAACUCAUCCGACCCCCGACCCCCACCUCCGGGAAAAGAUUCUAAAAACUUGUUUCCCUGAGAGCGUGGCCUGACUUCCAGACUCGGCCUGGGCAGCACUUCGUGGGGGGAGGGGGUGCUAUGGGAGGGGGACACACUGGGGACUUGCUCCUCUUCCUCCUUUCUUGACCGGUGGGAGACUCCGGGUAGCCGCACUGCAGAAGCAACAGCCCGACCGCGCCCUCCAGGGUCGUCCCUGGCCCAAGGCCAGGGGCCACAAGUUAGUUGGAAGCCGGCGUUCGAUAUCAGAAGCGCUUAUGGUCAUAUCCAAUCUCAAUAUCUGGGUCAAUCCACACCCUAUUAGAACUGUGGCCGUUCCUCCCUGUCUCUCGUUGAUUUGGGAGAAUAUGGUUUUCUAAUAAAUCUGUGGAUGUUCCUUCUUCAACAGUAUGAGCAAGUUUAUAGACAUUCAGAGUAGAACCACUUGUGGAUUGGAAUAACCCAAAACUGCUGAUUUCAGGGGCGGGUGCAUUUUAGUUAUUAUUUUAAAAUAGAAACUACCCUACCGACUCAUCUUUCCUUCUCUGAGCACAAAGUGAUUUGGUUACUUUGAUACCUGAGAACGUAACAGAAUUAAAAGGCAGUUGCUGUGAAAACAGUUUGGGUUAUUUGAGGGUUCUGUUAGCUUUUUAAUAUUUUCUUUUUUGGAUGUGUAAAUAUAUCAAUGAUGAGGUAAGUGCGCAAUGCUAAGCUGUUUGCUCACGUGACUGCCAGCCCCACCGGAGUCUAAGCCGGCGUUCCUCUAUUUUGGUUUAUUUUUGCCACGUUUAACACAAAUGGUAAACUCCUCCACGUGCUUCCUGCGUUCCGUGCAAGCCGCCUCGGCGCUGCCUUCGUUGCAAACUGUGCUUUGUAGCGUCUGCCGUGUAACACCCUUCCUCUGAUCGCACCACCCCUCGCAGAGAGUGUAUCAUCUGUUUUAUUUUUGUAAAAACAAAGUGCUAAAUAAUAUUUAUUACUUGUUUGGUUGCAAAAAACGAAAUAAAUGACUGAGUGUUGAGAUUUUAAAUAAAAUUUAAA